UAGAUCAAGCACAGAUCUCUCAAAAAUGAGACAAUACAAGUGGGUUGAGAAGGAUAUCAUCAGUCCAGAGAGAACUAAGGUAUGGACGACGGAUAACAAAUCCAAAUCAUCGGAGAAGAAAGUAGCUGUUAUUUACUAUCUCUCUAGAAAUGGACAGCUUGAACAUCCACAUUUCAUGGAAGUUCCUCUCUCUUCCUCCUCCUCCCAUGGAGGAGGACUAUAUCUUAAAGAUGUGUUUAACAGAUUGGAUUUUCUAAGAGGAAAAGGAAUGACCAACAUGUACUCAUGGUCAUCUAGAAGGGUCUACAAAAACGGAUUCGUUUGGCAAGAUUUAUCAGAAAAUGAUCUUAUUUUACCUACAAAAGCUUGUGAAUAUAUUCUCAAAGGAUCUGAGAUUCUUCUCAAUUCCACCAGCUUAAGGUGAUGAAUUAUUCGAUUUUAUUAGACUAUUACAGAUGGGUUUAACUCAAUUUGAUGAAUUGUUUGUUCUUAAUCAAAAAA